CCCUCGCAUGGAGAAAAAAGAGAAGCUGCAGCUGAAAAUGUUGUUGAUGCUUUCGGGUCGUGUCAGGAAUGUUGGUGGUGGCCCCCCUGCAGAUGGACUGACCACAGCACCAUAUGGGACUUGAUCUACCUUGUUUACCUCUUGAGCAGCCAACCAGCCCUCUGUGAUUUAUUGUGUUCGGGGUCUUCACGCGCAGCCAACGCUUCCUUCCACCCACUAGAAGACCCGCUCUCCAUAUUGGCCCACAUUGUUCCCUUUUGCGAUGAAUUUCGACCAGAUCCUCUCCGCCGUCGGAGGCUUUGGCAGAUACCAGAAGACUCUGUACGUAUGGAUUUGUUUACCCCAGGUCUUCCUCGCUUUCCACAUGAUGGUGAGCAUCUUCACCGGAGCCACGCCACCGCACCAGUGCCGAGGCUCCAACUCGAGCUCAGUGGCCGGAGUUCGGUCCUCGGACCCGGGGAGGCUGAACUUCAGCCUACUGUACUCUCCAUGCUCCUCCACUGGCGUCCCGCUGCAGGACAACCGGACCGAGGGCGUUCCGUGUGACCGAGGAUGGGUGUACAGCCAGGACACUUUCCAGAGCACCACGGUCACUGAGUGGGACCUGGUGUGCGACAAAGCUGGAAUGAACAGCCUGGGUUCAUCCAUCUACAUGUUUGGCCUGUUGGUGGGGUCCGUGUUUUUUGGAUCCAUGGCUGACAGGUAUGGCCGACGUUUCGUCCUGCUGCUGUCCAUCGCUCUUCAGACUGUGUUUGGAGUCGCUGUUGCCUUCGCACCCAAUUUCCUCGUCUAUGUGAUUCUUCGCUUCUUGGUCGGCACCACGAUAUCUGGAGUAGUCAUCAAUGCUUUUGUACUUGGCACUGAGUGGACUUGCAGUAAGAGACGCAUGCUGGCCGGCAUCAUCACGGAUUAUGCUUUUGGCCUGGGCUACAUGCUGCUAGCAGGCUUGGCAUAUCUCAUACGAGACUGGAGAAAGCUGCAGCUGGCUAUAUCAGCCCCAGGCUUCCUCCUCAUCUUCUACAUAUGGGUGGUCCCUCACUCUGCCAGAUGGUUGUUGGCCAAUGACAGGAGAGAGGAAGCCAUAGCACUCCUCCGCAAGGCAGCGCUUGUUAAUGGUCGAGUUUUACCCCCAGUUGCACAGGUUGAAAAGUGCGAACCCAUAGGUGGAGCUAAGCGAAGUUACUCAGCGGUGGAUCUAGUUCGAACCCCUCAGAUGAGAAAGAGAACUCUCAUCUUGUUCUACAUCUGGUUUGUGAACGUGCUGGUGUACUAUGGCCUUUCACUGGGCGUGUCCAGGUUAGGGACUGAUCUCUAUCUAAACCAGUUUUUGUUCGGGUUGGUUGAGGUUCCAGCUCGUACUCUGGUCCUGCUCGUCCUGCCAUACAGCCGCCGAGUCUCACAAAGCUGCUUUCUGGCUAUUGGAGGCCUCGCCUGUCUGCUCAUGCUUGUUGUCCCUGCAGAUCAGCCCAAUGUCCUGAAUGCGCUCGCAAUGCUGGGCAAGUUUGGUAUAACUGCUUCCUUUGCUGUCAUUUACGUGUACACUGCUGAGCUAUUCCCCACUGUGAUACGGCAAACGGGAAUAGGUGUCUCCUGCAUGUUCGCCAGGGUGGGUGGUGUGUUAGCACCCAUCAUCAACAUGCUUCAUAGCCACAACCCCACAUUGCCUCUGGUCAUUUUCGGUAUCUCCCCGCUGCUGGGCGCCAUUCUGGCCCUGGCGCUGCCAGAGACUGCAGACAGACCUCUUCCUGACACGGUGGAGGACACUGAGACCUGGGACAUGAUGAGGUCGCCUCCCGCCAAGGACAACCCGGAGAAGUGUAAGUCUGUCAGCCAAUCAGCCAGCAGCACAGAGGAGCAGGAGCUGCAGCAUUCAGCGAGGCAGGCCUGACCUGUCCGUUAAUACUGAUGAAAUUAGUCUCAAAUGAAUCCAGCCUUUGACACCAGAUACAAUUCUUCAAACAUCCUCUUUGCAGUAGCACGUCAGGGACUGAUUAAGAGCUCUCUGCAAGAAAGCCAAUCAGGUUUCAUUCACCAAACUAGCAUACACGUGCACGUGCAGUUGCAGGCAUAUGUACACAAAGCAGGCAUUCAUCUGUGCUGCCAAAGCAAAUCCACAGCCGACUGUUACCUAACCUAAGUCAGGAGUAGUCCUGCUUCAGUCAAGUUUAUUCCUCAGAAGUGAUCACUUUAAAUAUAUUCUUGAGAAUUAUUUUGAUGUCAAGUGUCAGUUGUUGGAGGAAACACAAUAAUUUGUUGCUGUGUGUAUAUAAACUUGUACUUAUACAUUAACAUGAUUUAGCUAAAAACCUGUAAUGUGUGUGAUGAAAAUAAUGACAUUGACCCUAAACCCAGUUAAAUUUAAGGACUGGUGCUUUUAUUACUCUUUGUGCGUUUCUUGAAAGCACUUUUAUACUUUUGUACAGAAGUGUAUGUGGAAUGUUUGUGGUACCUUUACACUCGACAAGCAAACUGCCUCGUUUUCCACUUAAUGAUCUCCAGCCAAGUGGAAUACAACUGGUCAUGUCCGACUGCAUGCAGUAGUUACCUUCAAAGUGCCAAAUGUAGUAUUGUAGUACAGUAGCGGAUGUGACCAAAGGUAUAUUUGUAUCUAUUUGUGAAGGUUUCUUCUUCUGAUGUAAAAUGAUUUGCCAUGAAGACUUGGAUCUGUGAAGUAUCUAGUGUAUUUUUAAAAUGUUUAAGGGCUGUUUUUGUGAAUAUUUAUUAGUUAUAAUUAGUUUAUCAGGUAAGGGGAUUUGUAUUUAUCUAAACUAUUAAUACCUAAAGAAAAGACAUUUGGAGUUGAUAUGAAUUGUAAAGUGUGUGUGGAGGGGGAUACGCUUGUAUCUCACUGCAUGAAUUUAGAGAGCAUGCUUUACUGCCAUCCACAGCAUGUGGGUUUGCUAGAUUUUCCAGAGAUGUCACUCAGGCCAGCAAAUGGAAGGAUUCUCCACUUUUUAUUUUCAUUUCAGUCAUUUCCGCCUGAUACAUUUGCAACAAUGCAAAUCAUAAAACAAUUAUGAACAACAAAAGGGAACUUUGUGAUAAAGAUGUACUUUGUACACCUAAAAUGAAGGCACAGCUGUCAGCAAUAAACUUGUCAAAAACCAAUGUUUAAAAAAGCAAACUGUUUGUCUUUGUGCAAAUUCUACAGCAUUUCAGUUCACUCAGUUCAGUUCAGACUUGGUGUUAACAUCUGAGAGAUACGAUCACGCGUUAAGUUCCUCUGUUCACACCUGGCAUUAAAAUACGAGAGAGAAAAAAGUAUCAAUCAUUGUGUGGCAAUGGAUUAAAACAAAUUAACGACACUGAAGCGUAAAAAUACUUUGGAUUCAUUGUGAAACUAAAGGUGGUCGAGACGUCAGAGGGGUUAGUGGUUCUUCAUAUGGGGCCCAGGGUGGAUUUCUCUUGCCUCAUGAGUCCCAAUGUGGUUUGAGUGAUCGGACCUCAGGACAAUUUUGUGUG